GGGAAAGCUUGGGUCUUUAAACGGGUGAACCGGUGGAGCAGUUGACAGUAGUACACUGACAAGUCGCACGAUAAAGGACUAGGAGAACCUUGCGCAAGACUUGCGAUCAAAAUGAAAAGAAAUCACGAUUUCAGCUCCUCGGACAGCGAGCUCGACGAAAACAUUGAGGUAGAGAAAGAGAGUGCUGAUGAAAAUGGGAACCUCUGUUCUCCCCACGGAUCGAUGUCUCCUUCUACAUCGUCUCAAGUACAGGCGAGGAAACGGCGUCGAGGAAUCAUUGAAAAACGUCGCCGUGACAGGAUCAACAACAGCCUGUCUGAGCUCCGCAGACUCGUGCCUAGCGCGUUUGAGAAGCAGGGCUCGGCAAAAUUAGAAAAGGCGGAGAUACUGCAGAUGACUGUGGAUCACUUGAAGAUGCUCCAUGCUGCUGGUGGAAAAGGGUACUUCGAUGCCCACGCGCUGGCCAUGGACUACCGGGGCCUGGGCUUCCGGGAGUGCCUGGCGGAGACGGCGCGCUACCUGAGCAUCAUGGAAGGGCUGGACAGCGCCGACCCGCUGCGGAUACGCCUGGUCUCCCACCUCAACAGCUACGCCUCCCAGCGGGAGGUACACUCGGGGCUCGGACACUUGGCCUGGGGCUCCGCCUUCGGGACCCCGCCCGCCCACCUGGCGCACCACCUUCUCCUGCAGCAGCAGCAGCAGCAGCAGCAAACGGCAGCUUCACGCAGCACCACCAGCAGCCCCCCUUCCUCCUCCUCCGCCUCCUCUUCCUCUUCCUCCUCCUCCCCCACCUCGUCCUCCUCCGAGCCCCACGCCCCCAGCAGGCUCAGCGGCACGGCGCACCCCGAGGCGGGGCACGGGCCCCUGAGGAUGCCCCCGAACGGGGCGCUCCCCCCGGGCCUGCCGCUCGCCGCCUCCAAGCUCUCACCUCCCCUCCUCUCCUCCCUCUCCUCGCUGUCGGCGUUCCCUUUCUCCUUCAGCGCCUUCCCGCUGCUCUCCCCCAGCGCCCUCAGCCCCUCCGCCCCCUCCUCCUCCCUGGGGAAGCCCUACCGGCCCUGGGGUAUGGAGAUCGGGGCUUUCUGAACUCCCCUUCCCCUGGACUGAGCGCCCCAGCUGAGCUGGGCUCCUCCUGAAGACGGCCAAAACAACAGCCAGCCAUUUCUCUUUUCCCCCCCUCUUUUCGCUGUGUUUUUUUUCCUUUCUCCUUUUUUUUGGCAGUAGAGAGACAUAGAAUUACAGUUUUAGUAAUUCUCUUUCUUCGAACAAAAGAGGAACGGACAAAACAGACUGAUUUACAGCGUCAUUGACUUUGUGUUUUUUUUUUUAUUUUGAGCGGUGCGGGGGAGUCGGUGCGUUGCGCCACCCCCCCCCCCCCCACCACCACCACCACCACCCUUCCACUGUUAGUGCCACUCCUAUUUUAAACUAAUCAAGGGUGGACUGUCCAGAUGGUCAAGCUGUUGCCCAUUUACUUCAGCGAAACUGUCCCCUUUGUCUCUGUUUAGCAGUGCACUGCACCGCUACCUUUCCCGACUACUGAGCGGAAGGCAAAAAACACUUUAGCAUAAUAAACUGUGGGCUGGAAUCGCUGAAACCAGACUGUUUUAAAAAACGUUAUAUGCAAGUGACAUUAACCUGAACCUUCAUGUGUGAAAUGUCACCGUUUGGAAAGAGUCCAUACCGUCAUCCCUGAGUUGAAAGCUUAGUGUCUUAAGGGUCGGGCUUGACUCCUGUCUUCAAACCUCCUGUCUUCAAAUGGUUAUCAUGCUGCAGUCAAUCAACUGAAAAACCCAGUCAGUUACCUUUUGUGUUCCUGUGGUAUUAACUCACCAUACUAACCUUCAAAAUUCACUAUCCCGAGUAACAAUAUCAUUUGAACCUGUUGUUACCUAUAGAGUGUAGUUUUGUAUCUCUCAAGUCAACUAGUUGAUUUUUUAUUUCUUUCAAAAAGGAUCAAGUUUCAUUUUUAGAAUUUUGUAUGCAUGUCUGAGACUUGCAAAGCUGAAUUUCAUUUUAUUGUAUAUAUUUAUGCGUAUGAAUAAGAUGUAAAAAAAAAAAAAAAAAGGAACCUAAGGCUUUGACAGUGCCUUGGAAUACACACUUUGAUCAAUUCUCGGCCUCCUUGUUUUAUUUUAGUAUUUUGGUUGAAAUUCUCCAUUUCUUAAGCGACAUUUGCCAGAAAAGAACAGUUAUUUCUUACAUACUGAAGGAUAUGCAAUAUCCCUGUGAACUUGCUUGCUAUUUUGAACCCCACCCACACCCACACUCCCCCUUUUUAAUCACAAGGGUGCAAAAAACUCAAAAAUAUUUUUGUGUAACUUUCAAGAAACUAUUUUUAGUAACAAAAAUCAGGUGUUUGCACUCAUAAAGAAGAGAGGAGGGUACUGUAUUUGUGAACAAAGCGUUGACAAAUCAUAUUUCUCAGCUUUACUGAGAAUAGCAAGGAUAGUAGUACUAGUACAUUACAGUUGGAGUUUGUAUGGUGCUGCGUUCCAUCCUUGUGCAACGAUCUAUGACUUCUCGAUAAAAUAAGCUGUGUCAGA